AUGACUAGAAGCAGUCUUGAAGGAGACUCUGAAAAUGCGUUAGAAUCAGAAGAUGACUCUGAAUAUGAGUCAGAAUCAGAAGAUGACUUUGAAGCUGAAGUCGAGUAUGAUUUUGAAGUAGGUUGUAAAGAUGAGUCAGAGUUAGAAGAUGACUCUGAAGCUGAAGUGGAUUAUAAAGACAAGUCAAAGUUAGAAGAUGAUUCUGAUUAUGAAGGUGAAUCUGAUUAUGAUCCAGAUUUUGAUGAUGACCCAGAUUCUGGUGGUCAAACCUCUAAAGGUGAAUCAGAGUCUGAAGGUGACUCUACAGGUGACCCUGAUGGAGAUUCUGAAAGUGAUCCACACUCUAAAUGUGAUCCAGAAUCUAUAAGUGAUCUAGACUCUGAAGGUGGUCCAUAA